AAACACCUGUUUCGGACAUUCCUUGGAAAUUAAUUUUAUCAAAAGCACCAGUAUGGGCUCUUAUAAUCUCUCAUUUCUGCCACAACUGGGGAACAUUUAUUCUAUUAACAUGGAUGCCUACUUACUACAAUCAGGUUCUGAAGUUCAACCUCACCGAAUCUGGGCUCUUAUGUGUUCUUCCGUGGUUAACCAUGGCCGUGUUUGCAAAUAUUGGAGGGUGGAUAGCAGACACAUUAGUUAGCAAAGGUGUUUCCAUAACAACUGUUCGAAAGAUCAUGCAAUCGAUCGGAUUUCUAGGUCCUGCCUUUUUUCUUACGCAACUGAGCCAUGUCAAAACACCCGCCAUGGCAGUAUUGUGCAUGGCAUGCAGUCAGGGAUCUGAUGCCUUCUCACAAUCUGGUCUUUAUUCCAAUCACCAAGACAUUGGACCACGUUAUGCUGGCGUAUUGCUGGGACUAUCGAAUACAGCAGGUGUGCUUGCUGGCGUCUUUGGCACAGCUGCAACUGGGACUAACUCACUAUUUAUUAUUAACAAUAUUUCAUUUUUUUUUUUCACAUUAUCUUCCCGGAUCAACAUUACGCCAUUCCCGUUGUGA